AUGCUCACAAGGCGCUGCACAAACACCCGUGGUAUUCCCUCCCGUGGACUUACGUGGCGAUUUCUUAAUUCACAUCAACAACGACGGCAUCGAGAAAGACCCCUCAGUGUCGACGGCGACGACGACGACGUUCCCUUCACUCUGCUUCUCCGAGUGAGUAGGCAGCACACCGGCAUUCACAAUUUCGACGAUCCGAAGAAAUCUCUGUUGGUCUUGACGACCGAAGACGCUCCGCUUACAGUCUCCAGUGGUUAG